UCAGGCGAUUCAAGUGUCAUUUACGAGCUGAAUAUGGCGGCAGUGGCCACUUGAUUGGCAGCGCUGAUGGGGGAAGGUAGCAAGCGUCCAGCAGAGGAAACUCAGGCAGAUGCUGACGCUGCGGUUGAAACGGCUUUGUCCAAACCAGAGUCCAGACCCCGAAAGCGGAGGAGUGGUUGGGAUGACGUGGGCGACGGCACUCAGGCUGUGGCAGCUGCACCCUUGACAGUUCCAAUGUCAGUCCCUCCUGGCGCGGCAGUGGUGGAGUUCAAGGUGGAUCAGGGCGUUGUUGGAUUUCUGAUCGGCAAAGGAGGCGAGACCUUGCGCUCCAUGGAGGUCAGCAGCACUGCCACCAUCAAAAUCGAUCAGAGUACUAAGGAGAUGGGCUACAGCAUGGUGCGGAUCACGGGCUCUCAGCAGGCUGUCGCCGUAGCCAAAGCUUUGUGUGAUGGCCGCGUGAAUGAGAAGCGUGGCCACAAUGCACAUCGCGGAGUCCAGCCCGGAGGAGCACAGCCCUUUGGAGCCGGAGGAGUCUCCGAUUCAGGCAAUGUAGGCUGGGAAACUCAAAUUGACCAGUCUAAUGUGGGAUUCUUCAUUGGCAAGCAGGGGGAGUACAUCAAGCGGAUACAGGCCCAAACUGGUGCCACUGUGGUCAUUGAUCAAGAGACCAAAGAGUAUGGGUACAGCAUGAUCCGCAUCAUGGACGGGCCAGGUUUGAGAGAAGCCUCAGAAAUGGUGAAGUACAGGCUGGAUCAAGUCAAGGAAGCUGCGGUGCAAAGAGCUCCAGCAGGUGAAUAUGAGGAGCUUAGUAUUGCUCAAGGACAAGUGGGUGCGAUCAUCGGUAAGGGUGGUGAGACCCUUCGACAGAUCAAGGCUGAAAGUGGAGCCAUUAUCGUGUUAAGCCAAGAGACGAAAGGCCAGGGCUUUAGCACGGUGCGCUUUGCCGGGAACUUCGAACAAGUGGCCAAAGCCAAAGAAUUGGUGCAGAUCCGACUGGCCGAGCGCGAGCAACAGCAGAGCCAAGGUUGGGGCUGCCAAGGUGGGUCCAACCAAUGGACCGGUGGUAACUGUGGUUGGGGCUAUGGCAACGAUUGGGAGGUAAACCCACCUCCACCCAAAGGGAACGGCAAAGGCUGGGGUGGAGAGGCUUGGAAUGGUGGCUGUGGUGCCUGUGGCAGCUGUGGCAGCUGUGGCAGUUGUGGCGGUUGUAGUGGUUGUGGCGGUUGUGGUGGCUGCGGUCCUGGACCGCCAGGUGGUUGUGCAUGUGGAGAUGGCUGCCAGGGCGGGUGUCUCGGCUGUCCCAGUUGUGGUCCCGGGGCGCCCAUCGGUGGUGACUAUGAGCCGAGUGGACCCUGCGCCCAUGCAGCGGGUGGACUCCAACCUAUGGCGCCAAUGCAGCCCAUGCAAUCGGGGAUGCAAAAUGGGAUGCCACCGAUGCAGGGCAUGCAACAAGGGAUGCAGCCAGGAAUGCAACCCAUGCAGCAAGCACAGUUUUCGCAACCCAUGCAACCCAUGCAACAGAUGCAGCCCAUGCAACAGCCAAUGAUGCAGCCUAUGCAGCAGCCGAUGCAACAGCCAAUGCUACAGCAACCAAUGCAACAACUGCAGCAACCACAACUUCAGCAGCCCAUGCAGCAACCGAUGCAGUUUCAAUCGCAGCCAUUCCAACAGCAGCCUAUGAUGCAACAAUCGCUUUCGCUCCAACCUUCUAUGCAACCCAUGCAGCCCAUGCAACCUCUUCAAUACCAAGGAGCCCAAGUGGGAGCGUACCCACAGCAACCGCAGCCACAGCAGCCGGGACUCUACGGGUGCUGAGACGCAAAUGGAGAUGCGUAGCGUAGUGCAGAAAAAGUGCGGCCCUUCAUUUGGAGCAGCCCGG